AGGAAGUGGGAUGUUGGAUGUUGCUCGUUAAAAAUUGUGGAUCAUGGGCACGGUUAGCUUGUGAGGCUAAUCUUUUAUCUUAAAAUUAAUACAACAGAAUAAAUAACGGUUAUUCUAUUGAUUACUCACACAGUCACAAUGAUUGACGACUUCAGGAGCCAGGAGGGGGCCCGGUCCAGCGGGGAGCUGUGGACCGAGAUCUGCUCCAGUCUGCCGGGGUCCCAGGCUGCAGCCGCCCCGGAGAUCAACACGGAGUUCAGAGACUCAUUCGAGCCAGCAGCACAAGUGGGAGUGCAGGUCAAUGGUCACUCAAACGGGACAAAUGACAGUUCUUCUGACGCCAUAUGGGAACCCAUGGAGGAUUCUGAUAUCUACAUAGCCAGUUUAGAGAACCGCCUGAAGAAGAUAAAGGGCCAGUCAAGUGAUGUGACAUCCAAGGACAUGUUGCGCUCCUUGUCUCAAGCUAAAAAAGAAUGCUGGGAUAGAUUUCUGCACGAUGCUCAGGCCUCAGAGCUCUUUCAAGGCGGGGAAAUGGAUCAAAGUGCUAUUGAACACUUUAAGAGGUGGCUGAUUCCUGAAAAGGUGGCCAUUAGCGCAGAAGAGCUGGAGUUCCUUCUGAGGCCGUCUCAGAAUAAUGAAACAGCUGAACCAAACCAGAGUGAAGAGGAAAAGAGAGAUGAAGACAAACCAGAGGAAGAUGAUGCUCACAGCCCGGAGAAAUGAGUGUGUUAAAAUAGUAACACUGAAAAAAGAACUCAUUCGGCUUGCAUUAACCAUUGCCAUUUUGGCCAAAGCUUUUGUGAACAGUGGUCAAAAAGGUAAUUACAGCCCAUCAUCAUCCCCCGUAUCCCCAGCAACUGAGUGUUAAGUACUUCUUCAAUCCUUGUUAUUCAUCCCUUCUACUAAAUCACACCACCAAAUAAAGAACUUUAAUUUAGAUUAUUUUUGUCCUGUAGCAGUAAAAUUAGCAUCUAGUCUUUGUAGUGACCCCCAUUAUAUCUGUAACAAGAACGGCUCUCUACUUUUGAAUACAUAUUGAAAGGUUAAUGAAGGACCACGUGCAGUUCUGUUUUAAAGGUUUUUAAAAAUGGUAUCAUCUUGAGAAGCAAUACUCUGAUCUAUGCCUGAACAUAUUUUAUCAUAUUGCGAAUGUCUUUAUGUUUGCCAUGUUAAUUUUACUAAUAAAGUUUUACCUACGUUUGAAAAAAAA